UUCCACUGCACAAGUUGGACAGUGAGGGCUGUAAAAUCCGUCCACAUAAAAUUAAAGUUGCUAGGGAACGGAUAAAAACAAACGGCCUCUGAGGCCAAAUGAGAAAUGCGUUGAAGCUCUAACAGCUUGUAUUCAGAAUCUUUCUGGUGGACGUUUUUAACCAGAACAAUUCUUCCAUGGUCUGUGAUGCUGUCAGUCCAAAGAUCCAGCCUCAUUAAUCCUGCAAUAUGGCCAAGAAGAAGAAAGGGGGUAAGAAGCACAGGCCGCUUACUCUGAGAGCGGUUCAGAAAUGCGUGGACUUGACAGCGGAUGGCAGACGGAGGCUGGACCUCAGCUACAAAGGCCUCACAACGGUGCCCGCUUGUGUCCAGAAGGUGACGGACGUCAGUGAACUGAAUCUGAGCAGGAACCUGCUGAAGAAGUUGCCACCUUUCAUAGAUCACUUCGACAGCACCGCGGUGUUUGAUCUGCACAGCAACUAUCUGGAGGAGAUCCCUCAAAACAUCAAAAACCUCACGACUCUGACCGUCUUGAACCUGUGCAACAACCGUCUGACGAGCCUCCCCACCGAGAUCGGCAAGCUGAGCAACCUCCACAUCCUGAACCUGGGACUCAACCUGCUGACAGCCCUGCCCACCUCCAUCGGCAACCUGAAGGAGCUGCGCUACCUCGGCCUGUCCUACAACCAGCUCACCGCGGUGCCCAGCUGCACCGUCAAGCUGAAGAAGCUGGAGAAGGUCAACCUGGAAGGGAACCCCAUCAAGUACCCGGAGGUGGCCGGAGUCAAGAAGUCGUUGAAAGCGGACCGUUUUCGCGUGGUCAAGGAGAGCCUUCUGUGUAGGAAUUGUCUGGAAAGUUUUCAAAUCGAAAGGGAGAAGCUGGACUCCAUGGACGGCUACGACACCUAGCGGCCGGACGGGGUGGUGGUGGGGAAGGAGUUUGUUGACUUAAAAUGCAUUCGCGCAACUCACAAUGAGGUCAGUGAGAGCAUCAUUUAUCCUUGAUCUUUUUUUUUUAUGGUGGAUGCAUGUAAUGCUGGUUGGGUGAGAGUUGCUUUGGGUUUUUGUUACAGCACAUCUAAUAUGAAUUAAUAGACACCAAUUUAACAAUAAACUAUUUGGUUUUUAUGCGAACACGAAUAAAAAUGAUUUUCAAAUAUAAUCAAAUAUUGGAAGAAUAUUUAAUUGAAAAUUUAUGGAUUUUUGUUUAAAUAGUAAUAUUAUAUACCAACAUUUAAGCUGGAUUAAAUGUAAGGAUGAACUGAUGUGAAAAUUUGGGCCGAUAGGUAUCCAAAAUUCAAUAUUUACUGACAAAUAUAUGUUAAUACCUUUUCGACACCUUGGGAGAAAAAAGAAAAGAAAACAAAACAAACAAAAGAAAAACACUUCAGCACUUUUUCUCUGCUUCAGUUAAACUUCCCACAAUCCCCCACUGCAUCAGUAUCACCGUCAUAUGACCAAUCUGUUCUUACAUUUCUUUAGAUUAUUUGGAAUCUUUUCAGCCAACUUCAUGAUGCAUUUUCUGCAUUCAACAUCUGUGGCAGUAAUCUGCAGGUCAAAUUCUGAUUUUAACUUGGGCCAGAUUACUUUGGACACAUCUUUCUCCAAUUAAUCACUUGAAAACUUUUGCAAUUUACUUAGGUCGUCUUUGUAUGAUACUGUUUUCAAUAAUGUCAAGAAAAUUAUGUACAACCCUGAUUAUCCUCUUUAAGAGACCAUCAGUGAAAAGCAGUGUUCAGUCAGAGGCCUCUUCUAAUUUCUUGUACUACAGACUGCUACAGGAGAUUUUUCUUUUUCUGCCUACUGCCAUCAUCAUCUAACUUUAAUUGCUGAUUAAAUGAGUUACAAAAAUA